UGUUCUCGUUUCUGAUGUCGGACAGCACAAGAGCAGUAGCCGUGGGGACAAACAAGUACGGAGCAGGCUCUGGUCCUAUUCUGUUCGGUGACCUGCGGUGUGUGGGAAACGAAACCAGCCUGGCGCAGUGUCAACACUCGGGGCUCUACAGACACAGCUGUAACCACUGGUGGGAUCUCGGGGUCAUGUGCAACACUACUGAGCAGAUAACAGCACGUCUGGCUGGCGGGACUUCACAGGCAGGACGUCUCGAGAUACUUUUCAACGGAGAAUGGGGCACAGUGUGUGACGAUCUGUUUGAACAGGAAGAGGCUGAGGUAUACUGCUCAGAGAUAUUUUUCAACGGAGAAUGGAGCAAAGUGUGUGACGAGCAAUUUGGACAUGAAGAGGCGGAGGUAGCUUGCAGGAUGCUAGGAUUCAAAAGUGAUGGAGCUGCAGUUGUCAGCACCAGUAGAUAUGGACGAGGUUCAGGUCCCAUUCUGCUUAACGACGUGAUCUGCCAGGGAACAGAAACUAAUUUGGAACAAUGCCGGCAUUAUCCCUUCUACAUGUUCCACUGUAGUCACUUGAAAGACGUUGGCGUCGUCUGUAACAUCACUGACCAGAUGACAGCACGUCUGGCUAACGGGACUUCACAGGCAGGACGUCUAGAGAUAUUUUUCAACGGAGAAUGGAGCACAGUGUGUGUCAAUCAGUUUGGACAGGAAGAGGCUGAGGUAGCUUGCAAGAUGCUAGGAUUCAAAAGUGGCGGAGCAGCAGCUGUGAGCACCAGUAGAUAUGGACGUGGUUCAGGUUACAUUCUGCUUAAUAACGUGGUCUGCCAGGGAACAGAAACCAGUCUAGCACAAUGUCGGCAUGACCCCCUGUACACCGACGACUGUGAUCACUCGGAGGACGUUGGCGUCGUCUGUAACAUCACCAACAAUAUGUCAGCGCGGUUGGUUCACGGUACGUCUGCGGCGGGGCGACUUGAGAUCUUGUUUAACGAGGAAUGGACUACAGUGUGUGACACUGGGUUUGGACAGGAAGAGGCGCAGGUAGCCUGCAGGAUGUUAGGAUUCAACAGUACUGGAGCAGCAGCUGUAAAUUUUGGUGUAUACCGAGCAGGGUCAGGCAACAUUUUGCUCGAUGGUCUGAAGUGCACAGGAACAGAAACUAGUCUGGGAAUCUGCUCUCACAAAAUGCUUUAUGAACACUCCUGCAAGCAUUCGAAUGAUGUUGGUGUCGUCUGCAAAAUAGAACUACGUCUGACUGGCACUAGUCGCACCAGACAAGACCUGGGCCUUGUAGAGAUGAAGACCGGGAGCACGUGGCAAGCUGUUUGCGUCUCUGACGUCACGACGGCGACAGUAGCGUGCAGACAACUCCGUCUACCCACAGGGGCAGCCGUUCACACAGGGGGAUUGUUACAUGAGGCUAGGAAGAGCCCUGUACUAAAGGUAUCUUUUACCUGUGAGGGCCAUGAGAACAAUCUUUUCCAUUGCGGUCAGAAUGUAGACGGCUACAAGAGUGAGUGUGACGACAGUGACGUGGGAGUCUUUUGCACCGACACCCCUUCUGUUUAUAUCGUGUCUGCAAAUGAUCGGCUGAUGGCUGGAAAAAAAUCAGCUCUCAGGUGUUUGACUCCAAACAGUUACACAAUAGCAGAAAAGCCCACUUGGUCAGAAACAGCAGGUGGUCGACCUGAUGGAGAUCUUCUUAUCUUUGAACCUCUGACCAGGACACACAAUAUGAGACGAGUGACAUGCAACUUAACGUCUGUCAAAAAUAUAUCUGGUGAUAGUCUCGUACUAAAUGUUUAUUAUGAGCCGCUCAUCAGAAUAUUACCAAGAAAUAAUAUGAAUGCAACAAGGACUGAAAACAUAGUCCUCUAUGAGAUCGCUCAUGGACAGAAUGUAACAUUUGUUUGUGAAGCUGACAGCAACCCACCUCCUGCUUCCAUUACUUGGCGAGGAGUAGUAAGCAGUGAUACCGGGGAACUACAUAUUACAGCAGCAGACAACAGACACAAUGGCAUCUACACCUGUACCGUGACUACUGAAACUGUUGAUGGUGAUGACCGCCUCCCACUGAAGUCAUCUUACCACUUUACUUUAAUUGUUAAAGGUUUUAUUCAUCAUCUGUCACUAUUAUUAAUGCUAUCACGUAUUUAAAGGAAAAGUAAAGUAGCAAAUAAAAAUAAAAUGGUAGAUGCUAAUGUUCUAAAUCGUUUCUGUUCAUAAUUUCAUGUUCAACAGCAGCUUACAUUGUGUAGAUUAAGCACA